GUUUAUGAUAGGGAAAGAGCUUGUGCAUGACCUUCAUCACCCGACAACAGGCUAAAAGUCUUCCGAGCCCCUUGCAAGGGGACAGUGAUGUUCUAGCCCAAGGAGGAAGUCAUCGCCCGAUCUGUGGUAGAAGCGAGUAUCUUCAGCCGGACAUUGCUCCCUAGCGCCCCGGCAAAUAAAUUAAUCUCAAUAUCUUCAACUUCCUUCCGAACCACUCUUACCCAAUCAUUCUCGCGAAUGUCUCGGCAUGCUCGCUACUGUCAAAGCUUCAUUUCACUCUUCACUCCACUCUUCUCGCUACAAAGGGUCAAUCAUUGCCCAUUGCAAAGGAACGUGCCUAAACCAAGGACAUCGAGGAGAAUGCAACCUGUCGACGCGCUCAGUGCAUGGGUUAGUCGAAAGUUGAUCAAUCUGGUAAUUAUAAAAGCCAAGUAAAGCCUCCUGCUCUCUGGGCAAAGUCAAGCUUCAUCCUCCCGUGCACCAUGAAGAUCUCUCAAUUGCUUUGCUUUGCGGGUCUGCUUGGCGCUUCUGUCGCGUCAAGCGGACUGGACAAAAGAUCAACAGUGAGCGAAAUUUUGACAGAUAUCGAGGACGCUACGACAUGUGCUGCGUGUGAGGCCCUGCUGGUUGUUCUCCAAGCGCUUGCUCACCUGGGCAACGAUGACUUCGUGGAUGUCAUCACUGAUGUUUGCAUCUUGGCUAAGGUGGACGACGACGAUGUUUGCGAGGGUGCAAUCUCCCGUGAAGGACCUAUUCUGGCCCACGAUCUCCGUAACAUGGAUGUCCCUUCCAAGACAGCAGUCCUCUUUUGUACUACCAUCUUUGGACUCUGCGACUAUCCGGCUGUGGCCGAAUACAAUGUUGAAUUUCCUUCUGCUAAGCCAGCGAAUGCGUCUCGGCCUGCUUCAAGUGGAGAGACCCCUCUGCAAAUUGUCCACAUCAGUGACAUCCACGUUGAUCUUUCUUACGAGACAGGUGCCAACUACAACUGUACCAAAAAUAUCUGCUGCCGCCCGUAUACCGCUUCAGAUGAGCCUGGGUCGACGGACUAUCCUGCAGGGGAGUAUGGAAACCACAACUGUGACGCCCCUCUCACCUUGGAGGAAAGCAUGUACGCAGCGAUUCAAGAACUUGUCCCGGACGCCUCUUUCACAAUCUUCACGGGUGACGUCGUUGAAGGCGCUGUGUGGCUGGUCAACGAGACUGAGGUAACCAAUGACCUCAACGACGCUUACAAGACGCGAAUGCCCAACUACCUCAACCUCGUCUACGGUGUCACCGGUAACCACGAUACUGCGCCUGUAAAUUCCUUCCCAACCUCGGACAUCGACACUACCAUCUCCAGCCAGUGGGCCUACGACACCCUGUCAGCCGACUGGAGUCAGUGGAUCGGAUCUACCGCUGCCAGCACCGCGGACGACUAUGGCUCCUACUCGGUCAAAUACUCGGGCGGCAACCUCCGCAUCAUCUCCUUCAACACCAACUUCUACUACAAGGAGAACUUCUGGCUUUACGAGCAGACCAUGCUGAGCGACCCGAACGGCCAACUCGCCUGGCUCGUCAGCGAACUGGCCGCCGCCGAGACCGCCGGCGAGCGCGUAUGGCUGAUGGGCCACAUGCCGAUGGGCUCGGGCGACACCUUCCACGACGGCUCCAACUACUUCGACCAGAUCAUCCAGCGCUACGAGGCGACCAUUGCCGCCGUCUUCUACGGGCACACCCACAAGGACGAGUUCGAGAUUGCCUACUCGAACUACACCGACCAGACCGCCGCCACCGCGACCAUGAUGUCGUACAUCGCCCCCGCGCUGACCCCGACCUCCGGCAACCCGACGUUCCGCGUCUACUCGGUCGAUCCGGUCACCUUCGGCGUCCUCGACUUCACCGUCUACAUCGCCAACAUGUCCAGCCCCACCUACCAGGAGAAGCCCGUCUGGGAGAAAUACUACUCCGUCAAGGAAACCUACGGCGCGCUUCUCGACCCGCCGGUCACCGACAGUGCCGCCGAGCUCACCCCGGCGUUCUGGCACAACGUCACCGCACUCUUCGAGAGCGACGACGCGGUCUUCCAGGACUACUACGCCCGCAAGAGCCGCGGCUGGGACGUCUCCUCGUGCACCGAUGACUGCAAGACCGACGAGAUCUGCCAGCUGCGCGCCGCCGAGGCGCAGUACAACUGCGUCACGAUCACGCCCGGGAUCAGCUUCAAGCGGAAGCGAGACACCGGGUCUAGCUCGUCGGUCGCGCAGGAGAGCCCGUGCGGAGAGUCGGUGGUGGGGAAUAUCUUCUCGAACUUCGACGGCGCGGUCGAGGCGUUGAUUCAGGCUGCCCAGGCGAAACUGGGGUCGAGCUUCAUGAACACCACUGUUAAUUCAACAAUUGUGUAAUGUGCUGUGGCCAUAUAGAGCAUAACAGGCAUUGCAGAAGUGAUCUACGGGUCUGGCUCACGCUUCGGCCAUGGUCUUGGUCUGGUAAGCCAUUUAUGAUGGUGCGGUGCGAUCCUUGUGUGCCAAAUGUAUACUGUGAUUAGAUAUCCG